GUGAAUGUUGUGGUCCGGUUAGAAGUUUGACGUGUCUUUUUCGCGUGCGUGUAUAGAGACCAGUGAUGUUGGCGCCACGCGGUAUGGACGCGGCGAGUCAUCACCACCACCACCUGCAUUUGGAAGGACACGAUUACCACGCACCACCUAUUUCUCGCACUAUUCAGUAUAAGAAGGUGACGAAGCCGCUACUUGAGAGGAAGAGGCGAGCGCGAAUAAACAGGUGCCUCGACGAGCUGAAGGACCUGAUGGUUGGCGCCUUGGAGGCGGAGGGUGAGAAUGUAAGCAAACUGGAGAAGGCCGACAUCCUGGAACUCACAGUCCGGCACUUGCAGCGCCUGCGACGGCCCCGCGACGCCGCGGAGGAUGCCCAUCGCUUCCAGGCUGGCUUCAGUCAGUGCGCUUCGGAGGCUUGUCAAUUCUUACUCUCUCUCCCCGGGCUUGACGCUCGUGUGGGGCGCCGUCUCGUGGCUCACCUGGGGCAGUGCGUCUCUGCGGGGCCCCUUAGUCUACAAUCCCAACAGCCAUCGGCCAAACUCUGCUAUUCUCCCCCACCUUCGACCCCCUCUCCGUCCGUCGCUGCAAAUCGAAGCGUCAGUCCUCCGGGGCCACUGAGCGUCCAAGUACCAUCAUCAUCCAGACUGUGCUACUCUCCGCCGAUAUCACUAUCAUCAGCAUCGCCAGAAUCCAGCCCUGUCGCACCUUUUCGAUCACCACAGCCCGUCCUCUCUUCGACUCCGAGUGCUGAGGAUCUUGCUAGACCCAUCACGGGACUUCUGAUGACUGUCCCAGAGAAGGGUGUAGAUUCGGCAAGGAAAUCACCGGAUGUGCGGCAAAAUCAGCAGCUGCAACCCAUGUGGAGGCCCUGGUGAUCAGCAGCAGACUGAGAAAUCGGGUUCAUUGGGUUUCAGGUUUAAGUCAGUAGGGUCAUCACACCAGUACCGACAGGAGCCCCAUAUGUAGACUCCGGUGAUAGACAAUGGUGAGAGCGUGCAGAUCAUCAUGAGUUGAUCACCAGAUGGGCGACUACAGAACUUACUGGCAGCUCGCAUGACGAUGGAACUAACAUGUGGUCUGGAUGAGCGCAAGUGUAGGAAUUGAGGAUCUCUCUGUCAGUUCGGAGAUAGCCCAGGAUUUCGAAGGAACUUAUAGUCUCCAUCUUCAGGGUCGAAGCCAAGCAAUUAAGAGGAGAAGCAGGCGGAAGGCUGAGUUCAGCUCUGUUGGCUUGUGGCUGGGUUUAAAUUUCGAUGGAGGAAUUAUGAUACUCCGAAACGUGGGGCCCUCUUUGAGGUACAUGACAUUAAACACCGAAUAAAACAUUUAGUAACUCAAAUUUUCUUUCCUUCAAUUGCAGAAUAAUAUGUAUUUGUCGAGUUUAUGUAUUACUUCCGCUAGUUUUAGUGAUGUUUGUUCAGUUUCACAGUAGAAGGCUCUAUGAUCACGGUAACCGGCUGCCUUUUCUACGCUGAAACGAACUGUCACGUUUUAUCAAACACAAGCAUACUUAUAUAUAUAGCCUACCACCAAGGUCCAUAAUUAGACCUGUUGUAUGAAUUUUGUUCUUCAAAUUUUCUAUAACUUAUAUUUAUCGAAAUUACAAAAUAGAGCAAUUUAUGCUCCUACUCCUUAGAGGAACGAGAUUUUUCGCUUCUCCACAGCGGCCAGAGAAGCCCUAGUAACUACUAAUGGGAACCCCGGGUUUAAAGCGGCGUGGUCGUAAAGUUGAGCACACAUCCCAAUCUAGUGCCUAGGUUAAGAAUGCAUGGAACUUUAUUUGCGCUCCCCCAUAUACGUUUUCAAAGCUCGGAGCAGCUCUACGUUUGAAGAAUGUUAAACUUUGGGAUGAGAGUCCCUGAAUACACGGCGUCACGUCUCAAAACUUUGGGAUGAGAGUCCCUGAAUACACGGCGUCACGUCUCAAAAUUUGUAAUAUGACGUGAGAUCCUCUAAUGUGAUUUUUUUUUAUUUGAAAAUAUAUUUUGAGUUUGGUAGUGUUUUCCUUUUGUAUAAUUUUUAUAAAAUGAAAAAUAGGCAGGACACAAGUGCUUUAUGUUAUGUAUAGUUGUUAAAUAGGUGUUAUACACUGGACAAGGCUUUGGAGGAAAAAACCUGUAGCCUGCGAGUCAAGUAUGGUCCACAAUUUAAACAUUUGUAAGUGAUAUUUUAUAAAGAAAAGAAAAUGCCAAAUUGUUUACGUAUCUUCAUAAACUCCGCUUUAGGAUUUGAUGAGAACCUUAAGCUAAGCUACCGUUUGCCAAGAGACCAGUGAUAAUAUCUGUGACACUAUCAGCUUUCCCGAAACGUAAAUAACGACGGACUGUCAGAAAAAUGAGCUCACGCCCGAACGCCAUGAACUGGCUCACUGAGUCUUCGACGUGUCUGGUGUCAUUACAAGACUCAUACAAUUUUCUUGCAGUCACGGUGGAGUUCGAGACGUUAUGAGGCGAAUUGUUUCUAUUAUCUGUCCAUAAAAUGUAGUGUUCUGUUCUUUCGGGUAUUGCUUUAAUUUUCCUUACAGGUUGUAAACCGUGUAGUUCGGAUACCACGACGUUUCGGAGGAACGUAACGCCUCCAUCUUCAAGGUCGAGUAGUAAAGAAACCAGCAGGAGGCGGAAGCAAGCCGAUUGAUCCGCGCGUGGAACAUCCGGCCUGACAGGCCAGUCCAAGCCUGGAAGGAGGCAGUGGCAGGAUCCCCACUUUCUGGAAGGACACUCUUCCAUUGACUUUGGAGUGGCCUUUACCAGACUGGACGUCGCAUGUGCUGUUCGAUCGGGUUGUUACCUGCUUCUGCUGACUUGGCAUACUUUUAGACCCUGAAGAUGGCCGCAGCAUUCUCCGAAACGUCGGACUCUCCAGCGUACACGGCAUUACAACAAUGAAGAGCAUACUGUUCAUAGUGAGCCUCAAACCCGAUUCCGUUUGAUGUUGUAUUACUGUACUGCAGCAGCCUAUUACGCUGCGUAUUCCACUUUAGCACUCACUGUGUCGUUGCAGCUUCGUUCAUAUAUUAAAAUUCACACUUUGAAAGCUCAUAUUUUUUCGUAUUAAUUAUUUAACACUACAUGUUUCGGACGGUCGGUGCGUAAAGCUGACAGUCGCAUCGUAAUCUGUGAAACGAUUGCCUAGAAAAUGUGGGAGCCUCGACGUCUCAAAACCAUUUGGGCCUCCACUGCUAGUUAAAGGGACUUUUUUUUUUUUACUUAUUUGAUAUUGUUCAUGUUGUCCUAAGAUGUGUUAUUAAUUUGUAGUUAAUUAGUGAUAGAUAGUGCUUUAAUUUGCGUUUCAAUGAUCUCAUGGGUGUACACCGUCACGCUUCGAAGCCGUUACGUUCUGUACAUUAGAAACAGAAAGUUCUGUAUAUUAUUAGGUCGUAACUCUGAAAUCGGGCAUUCAGUGCUAUUCGUGGUACGGCACGAGUUUAGUUUGCCGAACGGCCAUUGGCGCUAGGUGUCCAUGGUUCGCUGUUGCUUACACUCUUAAGGCGAGGAGUGCAGUGCCUGCAAGUUGGGUAUCAGUGUUUUGCUCUUCCUUUGUUGUUUAUCUCUUAAUGUGGCUUAUAUACGUGUUUUGGUACCACAUAUAUUUUCACGUGUUGCCUAUGCAGCGCGAGAAAUAACUUAACGUCGGUCUCGGAUUUGGCGAAUAUUUAUUGAACGCUCUUAAUGUUGUGUGUCAUAAAUAAGAUAAAGUAUAGAACAUACCGUCAACACAAUUUCAGGACGAGGAUCCUUAUUCGAUGAAUAAAAUGACAGUUGAUUCCUACUUAACAGCUCAGACUGGUGCUUUGUACGCCUGAUGAUGACCCGUGAAAGGGUCGAAACAUAUUGCGUCUCUAAUAAACAUAAUAAAAGCAGAUGUUGAUGCAGUAGUGUCUCUCUGUUUUGAAUACUGAUUGUUGUGUAGACGGUGUAUUUAUUGAACGUUCACUUACAAUUAUCAUCCCCUUAUAACGUCGCCAGUAUCACAAUCUUCAAUCUUCAACUGCAUUCUGCGGUGGCUGUCUUCCAAGUCUAUUUGGCAUAUCUGUCAAAGUCACAUUGCGACUGACAGUCAUUCAGUCAGUAGAGUUGCGACCAGAUCUUUAUUAUUCUUUGACACGGUCUUGUUUUUUGUGGGCGCCCUCACAUACGGGAGGACGGAUCUUUCUUUUGUAUAUGCUGCUGGUCCUUGCCAGCACAGUCUUUCUCGGGUCCGAAUAAUCCCUUGGGACUUGUGACCA